AUGCCGAAACCGACGGACCUGCCUCAGAACCAGGUCGCGGUCUCGAAUGUAAGCAUGAGACGCAACGAAUCGUCGUCCUCGCUCCAGUCGCACUCCAGCAACGUUGGAACGGGCAACGGAAGCCAUGUGCUGGCGAAGCUUUUCCGGAAGGGCUCUGAUCGGUCGAGCCCGAAAAUUCCGAGCCGCGGAGCGUCCAUGAACAACACUCCAUCGGUGCUGACGCCAACCUCGUCCAACCUCACGCCACGAGUGAGCAAGAGCAGCAAUGCCUCUACCGCGGAGAGCACCGAUUCGUCGUCGGUGCGGCACCUGUCGCUCAAGCGGUUCCUGAAACCGAUCCAGCGCUCGGCCAAGGCCAAGGAGCAGCAGGAACACUUGCAGCAGGUGAUCCAGCACAAGCUCAACAAGCUCAAAAUCGGCAACCACCACCAUCACCACAAGGAACAGCCGAGGGCGGAGCCGUUAUUGCCGCCCCAGCCGGACGGACAUCAUGAGGGGGCCGUGCGCAAGCUGGUUGCCCACUAUGGUGAGAUUCCGGACGCUGCCGUCGAGAAAAGCGUGCUGGGCGAAGGAGCGGGCGGCUCGGUCCUGAUCGUGCGCCGGCCUUCGGACGGCCAGGUGUUUGCGAUCAAGAAAUUCCGGCCGCGGACGUCGCGCGAGUCGGACUACGAGUACCGAAAAAAAGUGAUCAACGAGUACAACCUGCUCGUGGACCUGGAUCACGAGAACAUUAUCCGUGUUUAUGAGCUGCUCAACGAGCACACGCUGUACGUGAUGGUGAUGGAGUAUUGCGCGUAUGACUUCUUUACAAUUGUGAUGGGUGGAGUGAUGUUGAAAGACGAGAUAUAUUGCUAUUUCAAGCAGAUGGCCGAAGGCGUGCUCUAUCUUCACAGCCAGGGAAUUGCGCAUCGCGACUUGAAGCUAGACAACUGCGUGGUGAACGAGGAGGGGAUCUUGAAGCUGGUUGACUUUGGCUCGGCCUCAAGGUUCAGAAUGCCCGACAGCGACCCGGACCAGAAUAUCAUCCCGGUUCGGGGCGUUGUCGGGUCAGAUCCAUACCUGGCUCCGGAGUGUCUGUCGAUGGGCUCGUACGACCCGCGGCCGGCCGACGUGUGGUCGUUGGCCAUUAUGUUUUGCUGCAUGGUUUUGAGACGGUUCCCGUGGAAGAUUCCAAAGACGACAGACUCCUCGUUUCGGGCGUUUAUUGGCGAGCCAGGCGACGAGGGCAAGGCUUCGUCGGGCUCUGGCCGACUUUUGAAACUGCUGCCGGCGGCCUCGCGGCCGCUCAUUGGCGCCAUGCUCAUGGUGGCGGUCGACAAACGGAUCACCAUGGACGGGCUACAAAACGAUGCCUUUUUCAACGGAAUUGACUGGUGUCACAGCUCUAUCAAGGGCGACCAUACACAUCAUCUAAUUACAGAGAAGGACCUCGAGAGAAUUGAGGCCGAGCGCAGAAAACAGAGCGAGAUGGCCAAGAAGAUGGGCUGA